GAAAGAAACAAAAAAAAGGCCAAUGUGUGACAAAUUACGUUAUUAUAAAUAAUAAUAUACGUAAUUUAAAUUAUGUAAAUUAAUGAUUGUGACUUCAUUUUAAGGUUAAUAUAUGUUUUAAGUUUUGAGGUUGUAGCCCAGCAUUUUCCUUUUUGUAUCUUUGUGACACCUACUAGUUAGUUCCACAUUUAUCAAUUUAUGUAUAUGCCGUCUACAUAGGAGCCAGUAUUAGUCGACUUCUAAACAAUCUAGCCACGCAUAAUGUCCUUGUCACAUGAAAACGGACAAUCACACUUUAAUGCUAUCAGCCAUGUGGACUAUUUAAUUAAUUGUGUCAAUCAUGUAUAUAUUGAUUACUACCUAGUUUUUGAUUUUGAAAGCAAUUUCACUUUUGACUCAACACAACUGAACAGCUCUUUUAUUUAGUCUUAUUUGUUGUUGUUGUUGUUGUUAUUGUUGUUCUUUAUGUGUGUCAGUGCAUGUGUGUCUUUUUUUUGUUUGUUUUUCACUGCCCUAAACCAAAUUGCCCGUGUGGUUAUUAAACUUGUAUUGGUUUUUAUUGUAAGAUUACACAAAGUGCAGUAGACUGUGUAUUAUUUUAGAACAUUUGAGUUAACUUGGAUGGAAAAAUACAGUGGGCCUGUCACAGGAUGAAAGCUUAAACAAAGCAGCUCAGAGCUCACUAUGAGCGUUCCCUAAUAUCUAACUAACAUAAUUGUUCUUUUUAUUAUUCUGAAUGGGAGCCAGAGCAACCAGUCUCCGUGACACACCGGUAACAGUGUGGGUUUCAGGGAGCAUAUCCUGUUACAAAGACGACAUCCCCCCCGAGGUAAUGUUAACUUGCAGGGAGAGAAAGGACCGAAGUACAGUGCUCACAUCUUGAGCUUUAGCUGACAGGUGACCAUGUCAUCUAAAGAGGACAGUCCUCCACCUUAUGAGGACGCAGUGCACCGCCCUAAGAACGGAAACUACCCCCACCAGGCACAACAUGGCUCCCCGCAUCCACCGCCUCCGUCCUACAGCGCCAGUCCACGCAUGUUCCCCGGGCCGCCUGGCUACUGGGGCCAGGAGGGUGUCUACCCACAGGCCGGCAUGUGGGCAGCCCCUGGUUUCUCUCCGUCGGGGAUGCCCACCACAAUACCGACUCUGUCUGCUGGAGUGCUUGCGUCCAACUCAGGAGACAUGGAGGAUCUUCUGAGCGCCCAGUGGGAGAGCACAUCUGUUCGACAUGCCUUCAUCAGAAAGGUUUACCUAAUUUUAACGGCACAGCUCGCCGUCACCUUUUCAGUCGUUGCCGUCUUUACGUUUGUUGACCCAGUGCGGCUGUUUGUCAUCAGAUACCCUUGCAUCUACUGGGCAUCCUUUGUGGUUUACUUUUUGGUGUACUGCAUUCUCAUCUGCUGCAAAGGGCCAAGGAGACGUUUCCCAUGGAAUCUUGUGCUGCUGGGAGUAUUUACUCUCGCCUUGUCUUACAUGUCUGGAACAAUCUCAAGCUAUUACGACACAAAAGCCGUGUUCCUCGCCAUGGGAAUAACGGCAUUAGUUUGUAUCGCCGUCACAGUCUUCUGCUUCCAAACCAAGGUGGAUUUCACCUCCUGCGGGGGCCUUCUCUCCGUCGCUGCCGUUUUGCUCAUGAUCAUAGGGAUUGUUACAGCGAUCGUCCUCUCCUUCCAAUAUGUGAGGACUCCGGUCAAAGCUUUUGAAUUCGUUCUCUCGACUUGUGUUUCUCAGAGUGAGGAGCAGCGGCUCGGCGGGGUGUAUCUGUGUUCACAUUCAAAGGCCUUUCUUCUGUCACUCCACAGGUCCCCUGGCUGCAUAUGCUCUAUGCCGCAAUUGGAGCCAUCGUUUACACUCUGUUUUUGGUAUACAACACGCAGCUACUAAUAGGGAACCGGGAGUUGGCCAUCAGCCCGGAGGAGUACAUCUACGGGGCGCUCUCCCUCUACGUUGACAUUGUUCACAUCUUUCUCUUCGUCCUUCAAGUCAGCGGAGCUGUGACUGAAUGAACCUUGGGUUUACAGCGCAUCUCGUCAUCUGAAGAGUUUGUACGCGCGGUAUAUUUUAUUUGUCAUUAAACGUAAUCCUGCUUUCACACAAGUGAGCAAAUUAGGAGGCAUGGUUUUCAACCGUCAAUGGUAAACUUAAUUAAUUCAUCAACUAUACUGUAAACUGUUUAUAUUCUUGUGGCAAUAACACACGAGCACUGUGAUCUCUUCUUGUACUGUAUGAUGCUGGAGGUGGAUUUACAGCUCUCAGUUUCCCAAGUGUGAAUGAGGAGAGAUUUUAAAGCUUUUGCAGUCUGUAUAGUUGUAAAUAUUUGAGUAGUAUUUUAGUAGAUAAUCCCUACAAAAUGUGCAUGUUUUAACAGUGUAGUAAUUAUGUCUAUCAAACCUUAGCAAUAGUGAAUUAAUAAGUAAUAGUGUGUGAUCCUUAUUGAGAGGUUCAACAAAAAUGAAAAGGGCGAUGCACACCCUGCUGUGCACAUGCUGUAUAUACCCCAAUCACACAUUGUAAUAAUGCCAUUUCAUAGUGACAUCCUUCCUACCAUAUGAUCAUAAAUGUUUUUUUUUAAUCUAUAUAUGAUUUAGGUUGUGUCUAUAGUCCUAUAGGAUGCAGAGAUACCUUGAGAAAUUCAUUUUUGAAAUUUGUAUGAUUUCAUUUUCUGACUUCUUUGUUACUUCUUCAUGAAAUAUGAGGAAUAAUUUUCUAUAUAAUAAGCUCCAAAAGUGAAUUAUCUGGAGAUAUCCGCCUAAGUACUUAGCUCAUUGAAAAUCCCUCCAUGCAUUCUUGUUAUUUUGUGUACACACACGCGGGCGAAAAAAUACCCCACUUACGGUGGGAUGGAUAAAAAUCAACAAUGGAGACAAAACAA